AUCCAUUUUUUUCUACCUUUCUCUUUGCUUGCCCCCUCCUUUCAUCGACCCUACUUUGCUCAGACCUCUGAUCACAAGAAGAUCCUCGUACGUAUCGUCCACUUGGUAGACAGCAUGACGGUACCCUCAGCUCGAGCCUCCAUACUCUGGUUGCUAGGUGAGUACUGCCAUCGGGUACCAAAAUUAGCUCCUGACGUCCUCCGAAAGAUGGCAAAGUCGUUUAUGCAAGAGGAGCCGAUUGUCAAACUUCAGUUCUCUAGGAUCCUGAGUCUGGCUUCAUCUAUAGGAGCUAGUUUGAGGAUGGAUUGCCCGUUUCGGAAUACGACUGAGCACACUCUGCUCCUGUCUGUUUUACAUGAACAAAUUGGGUAA